GAACCAAUGUCAAUUCGAUAAAUAGAUGUAUAUCCUUUCAUGUGACAGCAUUAAAAUGCGCGUAUAACAGGGCGUUACAAAUUUAUUGUAUUUAAACAAAGUAUAAAACGUAUGAUGGCAAACGACACACAUUACUUGUGUAUACCAUUUAAAGAUGAAAUAUUGUGAGUUGUUUGUCGCGCUCGGUGUUGUGUUUCUGGUGCUGAUUCAAGACUACAACACAGUAACUGCGGCGCCUGAGCCCUGCUUCAGUUUCCACCACUUUCCACGCCGUCAAACCACUGAAGCUCCGAAAACAGAAGAACCGACUACACAAGCUGAACCGAUAAAAGAGAAGAAAGUGAAGAAAUUGGAAAAACUUGUACAAAAUUGGUCUUCGUUACUCUUUUAAUUGAAGGUCUGAAGGUUUGGGUACAAAAAGAAAACAAAAUUCCAGGACUCCAGAAUGUAAACUGUUAGGACUAAUUUUUCAAUCAUCGGACAUUACAUUAAUAAAUCAUAAAAAACUAUUCCUUUAUUCAUACAAAUGUAAUUUCUAAUUGUUACAUAUAAUAUUUUUUUGUGAAUUGUAAAAUCAACCCUUGAAUAUCAUUUGUAGUGUCAUUUUUAGGCGUCACCAAAUUGUAAUAUACUAUAUUUAAUUGCCAUUGUUAUAAAUAAAUUAUUAAAGCAUUCAUUUAAACUCAAAUAA